CCGCAUUCUAGCUGAAGUACCUAUUCAAAGAGCUCUAAUGAUAUGGUGUUGCGGACUCGGCUGAUUUUUGACGCUCGAGUCUUCAGUUAUGAAGUUGAUACCCGCGAAAGACUAAGCUUCCAUUUUUUCUCCGGCUAGGUUCCUAGCUCGGGACAGGUGAUCGCAGCUUCCACUGUUGCAUCUUUGCAGCGAGUGACUCGCAGAUGCGAAAGAAACACCACGAGCUCUGUCGGAGGAGGCAUGAAUAUUAGACCAGUUUUUAUUCUAGUGAGGGGCUGAAAAUUGAAAGUUAGGUGUGGGGAUCUGUAGCUAUGGAGGAAGCUGCGGCUUCAAGCAACUUUGGGUCUUCAACCGGCACCACGCCGGAGCAUUGUCAGCAAAUGAUCAACCGCUCCCUUUCUCGCAAUUCGACCGUAAAGUUUGUGCGAGAGGCACUCACCGAAGCGGGUUGCCCAGUUGCGGACAAGUUUUUCAAACCCGAGCGCUGCUCAAUUCAAGCUGGAGGCGGUUUCAAACAAGAUGAGGGGAUAGUCAUUUGCAGCAAUAAUGUAACGCACCAAGACGAGGUGGACGUUGCACUGACACAUGAGCUUUUACAUGCCUACGACCACUGUCGUGCUGUCAAUUCAAACUGGACCAAUUGUGAACACCAUGCUUGUAAUCAGAGCAGCCAAUUUGAGUGGCGACUGCGCUUGGAAACGUGAGCUGCUUCGAGGCAACACCAACCUACAAAAGCAACAUCAGGUACUUCACGAUUGCUCUUAAAACUUUUGCUUUGGUUGAUACUCAGUGGCCUUGCCAGAAAAUCCAUGUUAAAAGAUAGUAUUGGCCUCGGAGGAAUAGCUUUCGUUGCUUGGGGUUAGUUCUUCAAGGCGAUCUUCCUUUCCGUUGAGCCCAACAACCUCACAGUGUAUGACAGCUUCACUACCACUUAAGUUGGACCUGGAACUAUCAACCAUUUUUUGUUGUAUUUCAGCAGAUAUGUGUCAGGAGGAGGGCACUUAUAAGCGUGAGUUUGAACCCGCACUGCUCAAUGCACCGCUCAAUGGCCGUCAUUGAUAGGGUUUGGAAGACGUGUUAUAAUGACACACAGCCUUUUGAUAGAACCCCUUAAACUUGUACAUCUGCAAAACAGAUUCUCAUAUGAGUAAUACUAGUUGCAUGUUAUCACACGCAAACAAUUGUAUGGAGGGGGUCAAAACUGCCUUACAUUGUUUAAAGUGUCCCCAUAACCUCCAUCCGAAAAUUGUCGGAUUUGUUGAGAAAGUUUUAAAAGUUAAAUCUAAAGAGACAUUCGAAGAUACUCUACUCUUUUGAAUGAUUAUUGAC